GAGAGAGAGAGAGAGAGAGAGAGAGAGAGAGAGGGGGUUUUACAUUCAUUUACAUUUACAUUUACAUUUACACGGCUCCCGCACGCACAUAGAGUGAUCAGAUCAGAUCAGAUCAGAUAUAAGUGGUUUUUUGGUUGUGAUAUGGUAUUGGACCUAUUGGUACUAGGUGGGAAGAAGGCGGAAGAGGAGAUAGCAAAGAAGGGAAUGCAACUGGGGAAGUACGAGAUCGGAAGGACUCUGGGCGAAGGCAAUUUCGGAAAGGUCAAAUACGCCAAGAACCUGGGAACAGGCCAACCCUUUGCUGUUAAGAUCCUGGAGAAGAACCGAAUCAUCGACCUCAAGAUCACCGAUCAGAUAAAGAGGGAGAUUGGCACCUUGAAGCUCCUCAAGCAUCCAAACGUGGUCAGAUUACAAGAGGUCCUAGCAAGCAAAACAAAGAUUUACAUGGUCCUUGAAUUCGUGAAUGGUGGUGAAUUGUUUGACAGAAUUGCAUCCAAAGGAAAACUCGCGGAGGCUGACGGCAGGAAGCUCUUCCAACAGUUAAUUGAUGGAGUCAGUUACUGUCACAGCAGAGGCGUUUUUCACCGGGAUCUCAAGCUAGAGAACGUUCUGGUUGAUGCAAAAGGAAACAUAAAGAUAUCUGAUUUUGGACUCAGUGCGUUGCCCGAACAUUUUAGGGCUGACGGGUUACUGCAUACUACCUGUGGAAGUCCCAACUAUGUUGCACCUGAGAUUCUCUCUAACAGAGGAUAUGAUGGUGCCACUUCAGAUACGUGGUCUUGUGGUGUCAUCUUGUAUGUGAUUCUCACAGGAUAUCUACCAUUCGAUGAUAGAAAUCUUGCAGUGCUCUAUCAGAAGAUUUUCAAGGGGGAUGCUCAGAUACCCAAAUGGCUGUCCCCAGGAGCACGAAACCUAAUAAAGAGGAUUCUUGAUCCCAACCCUCAUACUCGGAUAGCAAUGGCAGAUAUCAAAGCAGAUGAAUGGUUCAAACAAGACUAUAUUCCUGCAAAUGCUGAUGAUUAUGAAGAAGAUAUAUGUAUAGACGAAGAAGUCUUGUCAAUACGUGAGAUGCCAUCCGAAGCAGAAAAGGAUCCAGAGUCACCCACGCUCAUCAAUGCAUUUCAGCUAAUUGGAAUGUCUUCAUGCCUAGAUCUUUCCGGCUUCUUUGAGAAAGAGGAUGUCUCUGAGAGGAAGAUCAGAUUUACUUCCAAUUAUUCUCCAAAAGAAUUGCUUGAGAGGAUUGAAGAUAUUGUAACACAGAUGGGGUUUUGCGUCCAAAAGAAAAAUGGAAGGGUUAGUGCUGUCAUCACUGAUUUGUCCAAUGGAAGCCCUAGACUCUUAAAUUUAUAAGUUUUUCCAUAGAAACAGUCCUCAUUUUCUCUCUACACACAAGUCUUGGCUGUCCUUUUUUCAAUAAAACCCAUUUCCUAAAUAAUUAUAACAACUGCGAGAAACACAUUUUUAUAAAUAUUAUGAAUAGGGUUCACAAGCUCUAUGCCAUCUCAAUUAUUGAUGCCAUAACUAGCACUGUAUUUUUAUAGGGUUUUGUGCUUUUGCCAUCAGAAUAAUGUCUACCUAAGAAUUGAGUGUAGGUGACACCCAUUUGACCGACGAGCCUUCUUUUUCUUUUAAAUAUAUGUUAGUUGACGCCGAAGUCAUGUUUUCUCCUAAAACUGUAGUCUUGAAAGAUUUUAUGAGUUCUUUUUUUUAAUCAAGAAAGAUUUUAUCAGUUGGUAGUAUAGUUUUUGAGCUUCAAUUAUAUAGAAUCAAGUCAGCUGCCCAAUAAUUAUACUGAUAAUUUGGUCCAUGUCUGUCCAUCUGUUUAGCUGAAAGUGAUGCAGGAGCACAAAGGUCAGAAAAACCCAGGUAGUCUAUCGGUGGCAGCAGAGGUACGCAAUGAACAUACCCACAUCAAACAAACAUCACUUGGACACAAUUUGCAGCAGCUUAGCUUCCCUGAAUUUUUGUUGGAGACAAAAAACUUCCCUAAAAUUAAUUAUUGAAAUCGUGGCAGGUGUUUGAGAUAAGCCCAUCCUUGUAUGUAGUUGAAUUAAGAAAAUCUUAUGGAGAUUCUGCAGCAUAUAGACAGUUGUGUAAAAAACUAUCAAAUGAUCUGGGUGUCUUGCCUAGUCAGGAGUUGUUGGCCACAGAAUUUUGAAACUGGGAGCUUCUUGGUUAGAAGAAAUCAAACCCCAAGGGUUCAAGAUUGGGAGGGAAGUGGAUUGCAAUCUCAAGGAAUCAAUUAUGUAGAUAAAUGUCAUUCUUUUGUUUCAUAACCAAUAAAAUGACUCUUUAUAACUUUCUUUUCUGCUAUGAAAAAUUCUUUAAAUGUUCUGGUAAUGUAUGCGCUGUUAUAUACGGAUGACUGAAUAUCAGCUCUGUUGGGUUGCAACAUGUCAACAGAUGCCUUGCACAGAAGUAUAUACAGAAUCUCGUUAAUGUUGUUUAGGUACGCGUAACUGUAUGUCUUCUUUUUGGAUCUUGAAGUAGUCUUGCACAGGAGGGAUGGAUGACCAACUAAGUAGGUACUAGGUAGGUGCUGUAGUGUUGGUCAUCUCUUGAUGACUAAUUGAGACCCGGAUUUUCUUUAUUGUUUCUCUUGAUUGCAUGUUGGAUCGAAAAUUCAUUGUCUACAAGAAUGUAAACAGGCCGAUCGUCACAAUAUUUUGCUGUGUAUUUG